ACCUAUUUUGCAUCUUUAUUUUCUGUUUUUUGUCUGUACAUUUGACAGCUUUGCUGCCUUGUGUAAAAUUGUUCCCUAGGUGGCACCACUUGACAUGUACACAGAGUCCAACACAGGCACCAACCUUCCUGCUCAGAUUGAACUGUAUGCCACCAACUCUCACAGCUAUGAUUUCCUGUUCAUUGCCAAGGGUGGUGGCUCUGCCAAUAAAUCUUUUCUGUUCCAACAAACAAAAGCUGUGCUGAAUCCCAGUAAACUGCUGGAGUUCUUGGAUGCUAAAAUUAAGACCCUGGGGACGGCAGCAUGCCCACCCUACCAUCUGGCAGUGGUGGUAGGAGGAACCUCAGCAGAGUUCAACUUGAAAACUGUGAAACUGGCCUCAACAAAAUACCUGGAUGAUUUACCCACAUCUGGUAACGAACAUGGCAGAGGCUUUAGAGAUUUGGAACUGGAGCAGCAGAUUCUAGAGUUGACUAGAAAAGCUGGAAUCGGAGCACAGUUUGGUGGAAAGUAUUUUUGUCAUGAUGUGCGUGCUGUACGUCUCCCUAGGCAUGGAGCUUCCUGUCCUGUGGGUAUUGGAGUCUCCUGCUCAGCAGACAGACAGGCUGUUGGAAAGAUUACAGAGGAAGGUGUAUAUCUGGAACAGUUGGAAACAGAUCCANUUUAUUAUUAA